AUGAUAAUAAAUUUUCAUCUGAUAAUUUGAAAAAAUGGCAAGUUUGGGGCAUUGCGAAUCUCCCGGCUGCACUAACUCAGCGAAGUUACAAUGCCCCACUUGCAUCAAGCUCGGCAUCCCAGGCUCCUUUUUCUGCUCGCAGGAGUGCUUCAAGAGCAAUUGGAAGAGCCACAAGAUCAUACAUUCAUUAGCCAAGGGCGAAAAUGUUGAUGGUAGAAAAGAUGAUUUAUACAACCCCUGGCCCCACUAUAGCUUUACUGGUAAGCUGAGACCUUUUCCAUUGAGUGCAAAGAGGGUUGUACCAGUAAGUAUUGAGAGACCAGACUAUGCUGACCAUCCACAAGGUUAUCCAUUGAGUGAACAAGCUGUCAAAGGGUCUGGCCUAAUAAAAGUACUGGAUGAUGAGGAAAUUGAAGGAAUGCAUGUUGCAUGUAAACUUGGACGUGAGGUGAUAGAUGAGGCUGCCAGAGUGUGUGAUGUUGGUGUUACCACAGAUGAAAUUGAUAGAGUUGUUCAUGAAGCAUGCCUUGAAAGGGAUUGCUACCCCUCCCCCCUCAACUACUAUGAAUUUCCCAAGUCAUGCUGUACCAGUGUCAAUGAAGUUAUUUGUCAUGGAAUUCCUGACCAACGUCCUCUCAAAGAUGGUGAUCUUUGCAAUGUUGAUAUCACGGUGUACCACAAGGGCUUUCAUGGUGAUUUGAAUGAGACAUUUUUUGUUGGCAAUGUCAGUGACAAGCAUAAGAAUCUGGUGAAAGUGACUCAUGAGUGUCUCAUGAAGGCUAUUGAGAUUGUCAAACCAGGAGAAAAAUAUCGGGAGAUUGGUAAUGUGAUCCAGAAACAUGCACAGGCACAUGGUUAUUCAGUGGUUAGGAGUUAUUGUGGUCAUGGAAUUCAUAGGUUGUUCCAUACAGCUCCAAAUGUACCUCAUUAUGCCAAAAAUCGAGCCGUGGGGGUGAUGAAAGCGGGCCACUCGUUCACCAUCGAGCCGAUGAUCUCGGAGGGAACGUGGCGCGACGAGGUGUGGCCGGACAAGUGGACGGCAGUGACGGCGGACGGUAUGUGGUCGGCGCAGUUCGAGCAGACCCUGCUGGUCAACGAGACGGGAUGCGAGAUAAUGACGAGAAGGAGGGAGAGAGACGGACAGCCGCAUUUCAUGGACAAGAUGGGGUAGAGGUUCGGGUUCGCUCAAGGUAUCACUGAACUAUCAACAACGAAUGGAAGGACAAUACUAGUUCACAGUUGAAUUGGGAGAAUGAACAAAUUUUCAUUCCUAUAUAUAGUUUAUGAGACUUCAUUAAACACAUAUUUUUUAUUUUUUAGUGCGAUCAAAUUUGUAUUCAGAAAAAAAUCGUGAAGAUAUAUUUUCAGCUCCUCCACCAUUUUCAUGAGCUAAUAAUGCGAACCGUUUUACGCCAGUACAGACAAGAUUUAUCGGUAAAUGCAAUCAAAUCUAAUGAUUCAGAAAAUUUCGUUCUGACAUCAUAGUUAGCCAUGGUAUUUGAAAUGACGUAUUUUUUAAAAAUUCACCCCUAUACCAAAUACCUGAUGAAAUGGGAAUUGUAGACGAAACAUAUAUAUUAGAAAAGCAUAAUAAUUGACGAUUAUAAAAUUACGGGGAUAUUCAAAAUGACAAUGAUGCUGACAGCUCUUUCUUGAGGUUGAUCAUUCUAAUUUGAAUUCUUGUAGAAAGGUUGAAGAGAUAUUUCAAUUUCUCCAAGAAAUUGAUAACUUAGGUCUGGCAACAGUGGUGGAAACCUGAUUUACACCAUUCGUGGUAGUCAAGGUCAUCAUCUGACGUUUCAAUGACAUAAAAACUACGGGAAAACAUUCCUAACUCCUGGCUCAGAUUGAAAGUUAGACAUGUUUUCAAGUAGUUUUCAUGUCAUCGCAACGUCAGAAGAUGACCUUGACUACGGUGAAUACACAAACGUCUCUUGCCAGUCAUUCAAUUAGUAACUUGCUGCCGAGCUGCGGAAAAUUUCAAGGUUAUCAGAAGGUUAUAAGGUAUCAUGAGGAAGGAAAAUAUCGUUUCUGCAUGAAAAAGGAGACUACUUCUGACCUCUCGGCCUAAAUCAACCUUUUUCCUUAAAAAAAAUUACUUGAGUGAAAAAAAAAUGACUCCAUGCAGGGACUUGAACACGAGCCACCGCCGAGAAAGUCAGAUGGACAUCCCACUGAGCUAUCAAGAUAUUCGAAAGUUUCAUCUACGGAGAAAUAUCAUGUGUGUUUUGAAAAAUAUACUUUUCAGGUAAAAGGUCCAUCUAGGCUGAGUGAGGUUAAAAGUUUCUGAUAACCUUGAGAUUUACCGCAGCACAGCAGCAAGCUACUUUUUGAACGACUGGCGAGAGACACAUCAUUCCUUCAAAAUUUGUUGGUGUAGCUUCACGACAAAUCAGCUGAUUCAUGGUGUGGUGCUUUUUACACAGAAAAUCAAACGAAAGAACCAGUAUUGUCCUUCCAUUUGUCGGUUAUAGGUUAGUGGUUGGUAAAUUUCCUCCAAGUGUUUCUGAACAUCUGUUUAUGAAAAUUGAAGAUAGAAAUCUCCUUUUUGUUUUGGAAUAAUAAAAAUAUGUUACUUUAAAUUUUUUAUUCAG